CUGAGUAGGAGGAGACCUGGCUCACCAGCUAGCCAGCUAUUUAUUUACAUUGGAACAGCAACCACAGAUUCUUUGAGUGGACACUGCAAUAAGAUGAGAAGAUAUGAAAUGCAGCAGGCCAGACCUACUGCAGGCUGCCUCUCUGUGCCUCUGUUUACCCAGAAGAAAAGGAGCAGGCUGCCUUUGACAUCCAAUCCCUCUGAGAAUGAAUUCUGCUCCAGCAAUGAAUACAUGUCCACACACAGCUCUGCUUCAUCCAACAACAUAUCUGGUAACACAGAAUAUUUCCAAGAUCAAGACCCAAGCUGUCCUGCACCUGCUACUCAGAAUAGUCAGUGGAACAGACAAGGCAACCAGCAUCAGUCUCAACCACAGUUUCAGUAUCCAAACAGUCGACUUGCACCUGAACCCGUGGGGAGAAACUUUGCACCUCUACCACACCCAUAUAAAGCUGUGAAUACAGGUCCGCAGAUGGGACAGCAACAGCCAGCAGUGAGGCAGGACUCCAGAGCCCCUAUAAACCCCAGACAGAGCAACUACAACGGCCCCUGCAGCAGUGGGAAUACACAGAGCAAGCCAGUACCCCCAAGUAGCUACUCUCAUAUGGGUCAGCAGCAGCAGUCUGGCUACAGACAGGGACAGGCCAACCCACCAGAGCCUCCUCUCUACUCCCAGCAGUCUACACCCAUUACCACAACAAGCAGACCAACUCCUGGCCCUCCAAGCAAACCAACUCCUGGCCCUCCAAGCAGACCAACUCCUGGUCCUGGACCACAGCAGCAGAAACAGAACACAUCCUGGAAGUUUAAAAUGACCACCAACACUGGGCUACAGAAACAGCUGAUGGACAGUAGAGACAUAUAUCAAACUCAAAAUACCUCUCAGUCUCAGGUACAACAUACACCACCUGUGUUCCAGAUCAAACCAGCAACUGAGAACUCUUUGAGGAUACUGACUGCUGUCAUUGAUGGCAUGAGACACUGGAGCCAGUUCAAGGACAGAGCUCCGUACCUAUUUGAGAUUUUCGCUACUCUUGACUCCGCAGUCACCGCCGGGUCUCAUGGAGCUAAGAACUUCCUCAUGAGAGAUGGGAAAGAGGUGGUGCAGUGUGUCUUCUAUGAAAAUGAGCUGGACCUUCCCAGGCUGAUCCGAAGCCAGGUGCACCGCUGUGUGGGAAAUUACGACCGCACCAGGGACACACUCACCUGCAUGUCUGUCAGGGCUGCCCUGCACUCAGAGCAGAGGAAUGCACAGGAGUCUGUCAAAGCAUCGGACGCUGAGAUGAGGGGCCUGGUGAAAUCACUCAGUGAAGUCUGAUCAGAGGCACAGAAACACGUAAAGGGCAAUUCAAGGGCAAUACAAUUGUUUUUGCCCAUGGCUCCUUGUGAAGAUCACUAUAUGGCAAGUGUUCUCCUUUUCAUUAGAAACUGCGGGAUCCUAUAUGGAGCGUUGUCGUCUAUUAGAAACUGAAGGAUCCUAUAUAAAGUCCUGCUGUAUAUACAGUGCCUUUGAAAAGUAUUCAGACCCCUUGACCUUUUCCAAAUUUUGUUACGUUCGCCUUAUUCUAAAAUUGAUUAAAUAG